CGCAAAAGUGAAAGGAUGACUGGAGGAGAGGGAAAUAUUUCUCAAGAGCUCAUCCGUCUUAGUAUCUCUCACGAAUCUGAAAAAACAGGUGACGUGAUCACAGGUACGAUUUUGCACAUUUUCGUCUCCAUAUUGACAGCGCUGGAAAAUCUUUUGGUUCUCAUUACAAUUUUGGGAAGUUCCAGGUUACGAGUUUCGCCCUCGAACAUUCUUCUAUGUGGUCUCGUCCUAUCGGAUUUAUGCACUGGACUGAUAUCGGAACCAUGUUUCAUUGCGCUGCAAAUUUUGGUUUACCAAAACAAACUCACUUCAUGCGUCUUUCCAAUUGUCCAUGUCAUCAUAUCUUCGUUCCUUAAAGGAGUAAGUCUUUUCACAGUAACAGCUAUAAGCAUUGAUCGUUAUUUUGCGAUAUACUUUCAUUUACGAUACCCAGAAAUAGUCACAGAGAAGAGGGCACAGAUCGCAUUGGUUUGCUUGUGGUUUCUUAGUGGCAUGGCAUCCAUAGCUUGGAGUUCUGGCUAUGUAGUAUUUUCUCAGGUCACAUUGAUUGUGACAACAGUUUGCCUUGUUGCUGUGUUUUACACUUGGACUAAAGUUUACCAAGUAAUGCGCCGCCAUCAAGCUCAGAUCCAUGCGCACAGGAACACUGGACCACGUCAAAUGGACAUGUGCAGGCUUAAAACAUCUUUCAUUAAUACCAUGUAUAUUUUAAUGAUUUUUCUCGUCUGCUAUCUCCCUUAUCUUCUAAUUUCCUUUGUUUUUGCUUAUGAGUUGCAUCCUACAGACGCAACUUUUUCACUUUACAUGUUCUUUUACUUUUUUACACUCGUGAAUUCAUUGCUAAAUCCGUUACUAUACUGUUGGCGUGAUCAUAGUAUCCGCAGUGCUGCUAAACAAACUCUGAAAAAAUUAUUCUGUAAAUCACAAUCACAGUAAGAAGUUGAACCUUUGUCGUAUGCUGUCGUUAUUGUGACAUUAGCGAUGCAGCUAAACAAAUGCCAUGUUUUUUGUACCAAAACUCAAAAGGUGCACGCAAAGUAUAGAGUGAUUCGUGACAACGUUUCAUUCAUAAGUCUUGGCAAAAUGGACGUGUCACGUACACUUCUGGUGCAGUUUCACGAAUGACGAGUAAAAAAAAAAAUUAAAGGCUUCACAUCCUCCUCUGCUCAGUUGUAAAUAAAUCAAGGACGCCAUGAUUUGCAAGGAAAAGUUUCCGAUUGUCAUCGUAGCACGUAGUUAUAAAAUGGUAUCACACGUGUGUUGUGAUGUAUCCAAUAAAUCUUUGUUUUAGGCAAGUUUUAAGGAUAAAUUGA